AUGUUUGAUGUUUUUUUUUUAACCUCCCCAGUUGAUGCCCCCGGCCAUCCCCGGCACCGAGGACGGCACCUGGAUCGGCGGCCGCUUCUCUUCGCGCCCGGGAAGGUGUCUGUGGUGAUCCACCUGCGGCGCGCAGAUCUGGAGCGAGAUGACACCCGCGCCACGGCGGACAGCUAUUACUACCGCUUAGCCAAGGAAAUCGCGGACAUCAUUCCAUCUGAUCAGCUCGAUUUUCACGUGUGGAGUUCACCCAAGAACAUACCUGCUUUUGACUACGACUACUGGACGUCCAAAGAUUAUGACGGUUACCGGGAGCGUGGUAUGACAGUGCACUUGGAUGAACACAUUGAUAACAAUGACGACAUGCUGGUUGCAUGGACACACAUGGCCAGAGCCAGCAUUUUGAUCAUGUCGCAAAGCUCGUUUUCCAUGGUGCCUGCGUACAUGAACACCAACUGUGUGAUAUUUCCAUCCAACAUCGAUGCACCUCUGGAGAACUGGGUGAAUGGAAGGGAUGAAUCCCGAGCCAGCUCCUGA